AGCAGCAUGCAGUAAAUUGUCGUUGCUGCCUUGUGAGAAGACGAAAGAUUGGCAGGAGAAGUACUUGUAUUUCGAUCCCUGGAGACACUAUAUUAGACUCAUUUCCGUCGGCAAGCAUAGAUGCCUCCCUGAGAUAAAGCCUUUCAAAGUGGAUCAAGUCAAGAGCGAAGCGCGCGGGGUUCAGAUGUCUUUGCCAACUAUCCCUCGAAUCACGCCUUCGAGCUUUGUUAUGAAGAUUUCUAGCGUCCUGAUGGUGUUUUUGCUUCUCUUCAUUCUCUUGUCAUCUUGUCAAGACGUGCACGGAAGUGUUAAAAGGCAGCCAGCAAAGCGAUCUAUCCGUCGAAGGAGCACAGUAGCCGAGAGAGCUUCAUUCCCUUGGCAUGCGUAUAUUCCUGAGCUCCAGUGCAGUGGAGCGCUUGUGAGUCCACGUUGGGUCGUUACUGCCGCGUCUUGCCUAAAGCAGUCCUCAAGUCCUUUUAUAUCUAGGGUCAAGACGGAUGACGGUUUCACGAAUUUCGAGUUGGCGCUCACAGUUCGUAUCGGUAACCACCACGUUGACAUCUCAACUCCAGGCGAGGAUACUAUCCCUGUACUCGAGGUCCUUACAUAUCCACAUUUUAAUGGGAAAACAUUGGACGGUGAUUUGGCCGCCAUAUUCUUGGCUCGCAGUCCAAUGCUUUCGAUAGAAAGCGAGCGAGUUUUGUUGGCGCGUAAACUAUGGCUGCCCCGUGACAAUUUAAUAAGCUCGAGAAUCACGACAUUGACAGUGACAGGUUGGGGCCACAGGUCCGGCAGUCCGACGCCUUACUCUAUCUUACAUGUAGACAAAGUGUCUUUGUCGCAUACCGAAGACUGCAACAGUACGGCAGGUUACAAGGGUCAAGUCUAUGCGAACAUGAUCUGCUCUGACGGCCUAGCAUGCAGUGUAGACGGUGGAAGCCCCCUCGUAGCUAAUGACAGCAACAUGUUGAUGUUACUCGGUGUGUUUUCGUGGGGCCGGAGUUGCGCUCUGGACAUGAAGCAAGCUGUUUACACCAGCAUCACUCAUGGUAUCUUGGCGUGGCUCAAUAAACUUAUUGCCAUAAAAGAAAAGCCUCAAUGCCUGCCGAGUGGACACAGAGUUUUGGACGAACCCCUGAGAAGCAUCAGAAGUCCCCCCCACCCGCCUGCUCCAAUCUGCGACAGUCAGCUCCGGGAGGGCUGGUACAGAUUUAAGCUGAACGGACUUCCGGCGCAGAUACCCACCUACUGUCCAGCGGUCAAUUCUUGUGGGACCCGUUUCCAAAUAUGGUUGAAGCCGGAAGCUAUCAUCCCACAGUUUGGCGAAGACAGCCAGGGGUCUCUGUGUGUGGCGUGGAAAACCGCUAGGCAAGAUCGUGUAUGCUGUUUGUGGGAGAUAGCGGUGAAUGUGAGCAACUGCGCUGACUUUCUUGUCUAUUACCUGCGAGCGACAGAAGAAUGCCACGUCGGCUAUUGUGCCUCAGGGCUACGAAUUCCGUGCGGACCUGGGAAGAUUGGCUUUGCUCCUAAAUGCAAAGUGCGCGGGCCGUACCCUAGACUGACAAGCACCCCCCGUGUCAGCCCCGCCCUUCACCCCGACGCACCGCGGGCCAGCUCGUCCAUCUUACUCAAGUGUUCAUAUGACGUCGGCGAGGUCGGCCAUUUUCGCGUCUCUUUCAUGGUCACGUGGUAUAAGAGCAUGCGUGCUAUUGGUCGAGAGUCUGGUCGAGUGCAGCUAGUUUUACAAUCCACGUCGACCAAUAAGAAGAACGCUAUCAUCGAUUACGACUCGGCGGACUUUGAAAUAGGUGAUACGGUCCAAUGUGAAGUUAAAUCCUACUUCGUGGACACACCAGAUCUCAUCAGUCCCGCAAUAAAAAGCGACCUUUUCUACAUCGGCAUUAAGGUUGAGCCGCUGUACCUGGUGGUUUCUGAGGAUCAAAGGGAACAUGACGUCACAUUUACACUAACAGUCCCGCUUAUUUGCCCCGUCGCUCAGCCAAACUGUACGAUAUGGGUGUCUCUGUUCACCCUGCCAGUAGUUCCAGACCAAAGGGAUCCCAUCAGCUCCACUACCGACAUCGCCCUUUCAGCAUGCCGUGUGAUAUUCACCCCUGAACCAUGCAAUAACAUGGGCUGUGGUCAUCACGUGCUCAAGAUCAAGGCAAUAUCAGAUUUUAUUGCCGAUGGCGACCGGUCAAGCCGUGUCAUUACCGGCGAAGUAAAGACCAGUUCUCCCCUGUGGCUUUCUCAUGACCCUCCAGAUGUAUUCGUUCUGGUAAAAGACAAGCCCACUGCUACUACUACUAUACGAUGCCAGUUAUUUGCUGAUUCGCACAUCCACACGCUUUCUGACAAGUUUUUACACUUUGCAUCUCAGGGAAUUUUUCUGAUGUACAAAUCCCCAAAACGCAGAUUCGAGGUUCAAGCUGAAACGUGGUCAUGCGCGGAGGGAAAUAGUUCAUUCUGCGCUUGCGCUGUCGCCAUCCGGGAGCUUGAUGACGUCAUAGUAAUGGAUAUGUGUCAGGGAGAGGUUACAAAGACCAGCCUUCAGAUCGCUAUCAGGUCUAUGCUGCCUUUAACCAAAGGAAUCGAGAUCGCGGAAGCUAGUCACGGAAAGCGAUUUACAGUGUAUUUUCCGUCCGGAGCAAGUGUCCGUGUGGACGCUCACGAGUGGGGCAUCAACACGUACAUCCAAUCCCCAGGCCAAGAUUACGGUCACGUGAUUGGUUUAUGCACAAUGACGUCAGGAGACCUGGAUUCCUCAAACUCCCUGAAAAACAACAGUUUGUUUUGGAGAGUCGCACCACGUGACAGUCUCUUUGCGUAUACCCCGGAUGAGUCUUCUUCCGCUGACCAUCCGGCCCCCAUACCUUACUGCACAUGCGCACUACGCAAGGUCAGCAGGGAUGACAUGAGCUGUGAGUCCGCCCAGUGCGCCCUGCCCUGCCGCGGCAGACGUGACGUCAGGAAACCCAGCCUCAACCUUGAGUGGCCAAUCACGACACGUGUACAAGGUCAAGAAGCCCUUAUAAGGUCUGAGCGACGUGUGAAUCACAGACCGGAUAUACUUAUGCGUGAGCCUACACCACGUGACUCCCGUGCACGCGUGGCCCUGGGGCGAGUGGCUGUUGGAGAAUCUCUGCUUGGGUAUCUAGCUGUUGCGGGUCACUGCAAGAGGUUUCUUGGUAUGCCAGCUAUGGUGCGCACGUGCAAGAGGUUUCUAGGUGUGAAGCUGGUCCACGUGCUACAAAGCAUCUGUAUCCAGGGCGUUCGCGCUACAGGUAUCUCAUCCCUCGCUCGAGGCUACCUCAACGUGCUGGAGAAUAUAUGCGAGGAACACGUGAUCAAAAACGCGAGCGCCUGGGAACUAAGCAAAGCAGGUGUGUCGAUGCCUCAGUCGCGCGUUCUUGAAGCCAUGUGUCCAAACCAGUGCAGCGGCCAUGGAAAGUGUGUGAAGGGGGCAUGUGUCUGCAGGCGAGGCUAUAAGGCAGAGGACUGCUCCAUUCCCAAGCGUGAAGCUCCAGUGUUGUAUGGCGUGACGCGGGAAGGCUUGUGUGACCUGCGGUAUUACUACUGCAAACGCUUCCAAUUGACGGGCAAAGGCUUCUUUAAUAACAGAAAGCUCAUCUGCUCCGUACGACAGAUUCUAUUUAGAAACAACAGCAAGGUAUCCUUGAAGAAACACGCGUUUUUAUCCAAGGCGUCAUUCCAGAGCUACCGUGGAGUCAUUUGCCCUAUCCCCAGUCUUCUAGCCCGGCCACGUGUGUUGCACGGUUUUCAAGUCCGCAUCACGAAUGACGGAAAGCUCUGGAGCAAAGCUGCAAAUUAUAUUAUUUAUGAUGGAGCGUGUUUACGGUGUGAAACAGCAGGGCGCUGCUAUGUUAAGAAGGGAAAAUGCCAGAUCAACAGAAGAUGUUACAAAAGUAAUGAAACUUCAUCUUUUUCGCCGUGCCUGCAAUGCAAUCCGGACAAUUCGAGACAUAACUGGAUACACGUGCCAAACUGCCACACUGGCACCUGUCAAUCAAAUCCCUGUGGGCGUGGCCUAUGCAAAGAGCUCACUCGAACCACCUACAUGUGCAUAUGUAAGGAGGGAUUUACGGGAACACAUUGUGAAACUGGAACUCCCUUAUGCCUCCCAAACCCUUGUAUAAAUGGAAACUGUACAGAAUCGAACUCUUCAUUUACAUGUGAGUGUUUCAGUGGUUACACGGGCCCUACCUGUGCUGUUGUGGAGUCUGCUUGCAAACCGACUAGCUGUGUGAAUGGAGAAUGUGUGGGUAAUGGACACAACUCAUCUUGUAAGUGCUGGAAGGGGUAUUCAGGAGCAUCGUGUGAUGUUAAGAUAUCUGCGUGCGAACAUAGACCAUGCGUGCAGGGAGUUUGUAUCGGGCGAGAGAAUUUUACGUUAUACCACUGUAAGUGGAACCGACUCUACACUGGGCGCAAUUGCGAAAUAAAGCUAAGCCUAUGUGCCUGGGAUAGCUGUGGUUUUGGUGAAUGUGUAAAAACAUCAAAUGGAACCCAUUGGAGAUGCGUAGGUCAUGUAGGAAACACAGGUGAACGUUUUGAGCACUACAUGUGUGCUUCGACUCCGCGCGGAAAUAGAACUUGCAUGGAUAACGUUACAAUUACGGUAGAACUUUAUCACGAGUAUCGAAAAGGCCUCAGUGGACCUGAUGACGCCAAGGCCGAGCCUUAUGAUAAAAUACUUAAUGACGCUACCUUUUGGACUAUUUGUUAUUGCAACAGUAAUCAAGAUCCUCCUUUGUGCCUUUUUGUCAAUGGCUCUACGACGCACAACGCCACCCAUACACACAUCUGUUGCAACACCUGUACUCAGCCAAUACGUAACACAGCGCUGUACCCAUGUUAUUCAACACCAGGCUACAGAAAUCAAGCAUGUAUUGUCAUAGUCGGUUUGUGUAAUUGGUUUACAGGUGCAGAGCUAAGCGAUGUGCUCAAUGCGACCAUUAUUUGCGCAGAAAGUCUAAGUGAAUUACAUGCAGGAUCUACGAAGGUCAGUUUUCUCUUGAAAACUUCUUCAUGUGUUAAAUGUGUUGGUGUUAAUUCGACGUUUCAUUGCGUGAAUUUCACUAGUGGAUUUAAUGAUAAAGUGCAGAUGAAGUUCAAUGUUCCUAUCAAUGCUUCAUGUGUAUUACAUGUGGGUUAUGUGAUAUGCGGAUUAAAUGUAACAUGUAACGGGACAAGCACAUCACCAUGUAUCAAUAACUCUUGUCAUGGAAACGGCACGAAUAAAUUGUACGAAUGCAAGUGCGGACAACGCCACUGUGGCGAUAAAUCUAACUUGACGAAUAACGUCUGUCAAUUCUCUCAUUGUAUCCAUGGCAACUGCAUGGUCACCCUUGAUGGCCAUAGAUGUGCUAGAUGUUCUGAGCAAGCGAUGGACCCUUGCGAGUCGAAUCCUUGUGUUCACGGGACGUGCAGGCCAAGGAAUGAUAGCUUUACUUGUCAAUGUUUUGAAGGAUACAUAGGACGCCUGUGUACGACUGCUGACCCGUGCAUGCGUCUAGCUUGUGUCCAUGGUGCUUGUGUAAGUUCUAAUGGAGUCGUGCGCUGUGAAUGUAGUGCCGGGUACUUGGGGAAAUCGUGCAACAUGACAGAUCCUUGCGAGCCCAGUCCUUGUCUUAAUGGUGGAAGUUGUACCAAGUCAGGACUAGCCCACUCGUGCGAGUGCACGCCCGGAUACGAGGGAGCAAAUUGUAGUAUCACCAAGCGGUGUGGUGACGCUCCGUGUAGACAUGGACAUUGUGUUACACGCAGAGAUGCUCUAUUUUGCCAAUGCGAUUUUGGCUAUUAUGGUGCUGAGUGUGACCGGCGAAUGGAUUACUGCAAGCUUAAGCCAUGCGUGGUGGAGAAUGGCUGGUGUGUCAACACGCAGCAGGGAUUUCGGUGCGUUUGCAAGCGUGGAUAUGGGGGGCUGCGAUGUCACAAAAAGAACGCCUGCCUGCCGGAUCCCUGCGCCCCUCACGGGAUUUGUAUGACACGCCGUGGAGACCCCUUUUGUGUCUGUACCGAGGGAUAUACGGGUCUUCGAUGUAAGGUCGUCAUCAACCACUGCCUGAGCAAUCCCUGUUUAAACGGUGUGUGCGUCAGUACUAGUAGUACUUAUACUUGUCGAUGUACAGUAGGGUUCAAAGGAACUAGAUGUGAGCAUGCAAUGAACACGUGCUAUUCAAAUCCUUGUAUCCAUGGAAACUGCUUAGUGCGUGACGACUCCUCGUUUGAGUGCAUUUGUCAUAAAGGGUUUACUGGUACAAAAUGCGACAUCAGGGUUGAUCCUUGUGCUAGUAGCCCGUGUGCACAUGGUCAAUGCGUUUUGCUCUCUUCAAUUGGUGCACGAUGAGCUCCUAAAGUGAAAGACAAGGUACACUUCUACAAUUAAAAAAACAUGUCUGAAAAUGGAAGAUUUUCUUCCUCCUUCAGCGUUCAGGUGAGCACGAACGUGUUGAAGUUUACCUGGACAGAGAUGACAUACACGAUGUAUAAAUACACAAAUGAAAAUAGACGAAAAUCUUGUAUAAAUCAUGAGAAGUAGUGUUUCAAAGUAUUAGUUAUCAUACUUACUAGAGCAGUGAGUGCCAUUUCCCAUAAAACCAAACGGGCACUCGGCACACCGGAAGCCACCCAGGACAUUGGAGCAGAGGACUCCAGGGAAGCAGGGCGUAGAGGCACCGCACUCAUCGAUAUCCGCCUCGCAACGAUCACCCGUAAAACCUACAUCGCAGGCGCAAUAAUAGGUGGAGUCACGUGGGACACACAUUCCGUGAUUCCCACAUGGAUUAGCGCUACAAGGAUCGACAAUGAUGUCGCAAUUUUUACCAGAAUACAUGAAUUCACACAUGCAACUGUACGAUGAGGCAUCUGGAAUGCAUAUACCAUGGGCACAAGGAUUUGACAGGCAAACGUUGACCACGAUGUUACAUUUUUCGCCGACAUGUUUAGCAUCACAAGAGCACCGGAACGAGGAGCCGUCAGGAAUACAUGUGCCAUGGACGCAAGGGUUUGAUUGACAGGCGUCAAUCAUCGUAUCACACGAUUGCCCUGUGUACCCCGUGAGACAUUCACAAUAAAAUGAUCCAGUCUGUUGAA